AUGAAAAGCACCAGCGUCUUUACAGCUUUCAAAUCGCCCUUUGUCUUGCAUACCCCUUCAAGCAUAGAGGGAGCGUAUACCGUGCAACUGAGCGACGCCUCAUCGGGUCAACCAGACGUCUCGCUGAAGUCAGCGAAGGGUAAGAUCGACGCGGACCUUUCUCUGCUCGGAAAGCGGCCAGCGAGCAUCGAAGCAGACACACGGAACCACCCGCUACGACUGCGUGUCAGUGCCCAAAACCCGAUCGAUGUGCAGGCAUCCUCUGGAUCUGGUGAGUUCUGGAGGAAGGACAGACUGACAUCAGGCGCGAUCCAUAUCUGGCUACCACAGCACUUCGACGGAGAGCUCAUCGCGCAGUGUUUCGGAGGACUGCGGGCUGAGCUCUCCCCCAGACUGGCGUCGUAUGCUGUAUCCCUCCCCGGGAAGAGGGACGAUUACGAGUGGAACGCGCCGGAGUACAGGCAGAGCUGGCGCGUUCGCCUCCCUCCAGAUCCAGACGUGGAACAGGGCCAAUGUCAGGCCAGUGGGACGUUACUAGUAGGGACAAGAACAGACGAGGAGGAGCUGCAGGCGGGAUCCAGUCUUAUCAAGGCGACUACUGUCACUGGGAGGAUAUACUUCUAUCACCCUAGCGACGACGUGAUAUCUGAGCGCAGCGACCGAUGCGCCGUCAUGUGA